AUGGGAGGAAAUGCGAGUAUAUCUUUUCUUGUUUUGAUAGUGAUCUUUCAAGUGUGUAACGCCGAGGUGUAUAAAGUCGGGGAUGCCGCCGGUUGGACGACUAUCUGUUCACCCGACUACAAAGCUUGGGCGGCCUCGAAAAAAUUUAAAGUUGGCGACUCUCUGUUGACGCCUAAGAACUACGACGCUUGCAAUGCAUCGGGGGCUAGUCAAACAUGGGUUAGCGGCAAUGACACACUGGCCAUUACCAAGCCCGGGAAAUAUUACUUCAUAUGUGGUACGCCCGGACACUGCCAAAAGGGUCAAAAGGUCGCAAUAACGGUGGCCUAA